AUUUAUUAUACAAUUCCAAAAUACUGUGGUAGGGGGCGCUGUUCGUUGUGGAUUAUGAACUCUUUCCAUUGUCUGCAACAGGCUUUCACACCACACGUUGAUUCUCAGUUAGUUGGUGAUUUUGCCGUCAUUUCCCAGCAGCACCUGAACGCACCACAUGACCGAGCGUUAGCUCAGACCUAGAGAGGGAAAAAGAGAGAGAGAGAGAGAGAGAGGUUGGGAUUGAGUGAGAGAAGUGGGCAGAGAGAGAAAGAGAGGGAGAGAGAGAGAGCGUGUGUGUCUAAACAGGUGGUCUGAGUGUGAGUGUGAAAACACACUGAAAACAAUGUCGUCCUGUGGACCGGAGCAGACGGAGCUGAGCCCCGGACUCCACUGAGGGAACUACCGGGAAUGAUCUGACUGGAGAGUCAACAACACAUGCCCUUCUUCCUCACUUCCACUCGGAUAUUAUCUUCUUUUUCGUCUCCCUUCCUUCCUUCUUCAACCACCACCACCCCCACCACCACAGCGGCGCCCCGGGAUUCGCCUCCGAAUGUGAAGCGCCGCCGUCGGGACACGGAGCCAUGAAAGUGACGGUGUGCUUCGGCAGGACCCGGGUGGUGGUGCCGUGUGGAGACGGCAACAUUAAAGUGCACUCGCUCAUCCAGCAGGCUGUCAUGAGAUACAAGAAGGCCAUAGCUAAGGACUCCACCUACUGGCUGCAGGUUCACCGGUUGGAGCACAGUGACGGAGGGAUCUUGGACCUGGAUGACGUGCUGUGUGAUGUGGCCGACGACAAAGACAGGCUGAUAGCGCUGUAUGAUGAACAGGAGCCUCAUCACGGCGGUGACGGAACCAGUGCCAGCUCCACGGGUACCCAGAGUCCGGACCUCUUUGGCGCCGAUCUCAGCGCCGGCAGCACGGCCUCGGCCUUUCAGCCGUACCAGGCUGCCAGUGAGAUCGAGGUCACACCGUCCGCCCUGAGAACCAACAUGCCGCUCCACGUCCGGCGCAGCAGCGACCCUGCGCUGCUCACCGUCAACGGUCCGUUCAGCUGUGGAGACGCCAGAGUCCAAACGGAAGAACAGCCAUCGAGAAAAAACCCAACCCGCUGGUCCACCACCGCGGGAUUCUUAAAAGCACGCCACACUUCUGGCACCAACAGCCUUGAGAGGAAGGGUAAAAGUAUGGACACGUACCGCAGUUUGCCCCGCGAUGCAGGGACGUGGUCCAAUCAGAGGGAGUUUCACAGGGAGAAGACGAGAUCGUCGCUCAGCGCCAACCAUCCCAUGGUGGACCGCUGGCUGGACAGACAGGAGCAGGAGGACGAGGCCGGAGACGGAGAACACAGCAGGAUCGAGCCGAUUGGUGGAGCUGACCACACCCCCGUCAGGUCACUGGAAGACAUAGUCAAAGUGGUGGAGGUGUCAAACGACGGUGGUCCGCUGGGAAUCCACGUGGUGCCCUUCAGCGGCAGGGACCGCAGGACUCUUGGCUUGUUGGUCAAGCGUCUGGAGCGGGGAGGAAAGGCUGAGCAGCACGGCCUCUUUCAGGAGAACGACUGCAUCGUCCGAAUCAACAACGGAGACCUGCGCAACAUCCGCUUUGAACAAGCUCAGAACAUGUUCCGCCAGGCCAUGCGUUCUCCGAUCAUCAUGUUUCACGUGGUGCCCUCGUCCAUGAAGGUCCAGUACGAGCAGCUGUCCCACGUGGAGAGGAACCCAGCCUACGCCUCGGGCCGCUUCAGCCCGGACUCCCACAUCGACCACACCCCACAGAGAAUGUCCCGACACGGCCCCCAUCCCCACCCGCAUUCGCACGCUCACCCCGAGCAGAACAACGGCUACACGCCGCUGAACCACCCGACGGUCUCUGCCGCCAAGCCUCCGACCGGGCACAUCAACUCACCCCAGAGGGCCAUGAGCUCCACGCCAACGGGAGGCUACGCCAAGAAGGUGGGGAGGAGACUGAACAUCCAGCUGAGGAAAGGUCCGGAGGGACUCGGGUUCAGCAUCACAUCGCGGGACGUUCCCAUUGGAGGCUCAGCUCCCAUCUAUGUCAAGAACAUUCUGCCCCGGGGAGCUGCGAUCCAAGAUGGCCGCCUUAAAGCAGGAGACAGGUUGUUGGAGGUGAACGGUGUGGAUCUGCAUGGUAGGACACAGGAGGAGGUGGUGUCCCUGCUGCGGGCCACGCCCAUGGGUGGGGCUGUUGGACUGCUCAUUUUACGUCAGGAAGAGGCUUUCCUGUCCCAGGAAGUGAACGACGAGACCCAGACACAAGGUUCCAGAGAUUCGAAAUCAGAGGAUGACGAGUUGGUGCUGACUCCAGAUGGGACCAGGGAGUUCCUGACCUUUGAGAUCCCCCUCAGUGACUCGGGGUCAGCAGGACUGGGGGUCAGCGUCAAGGGAAACCGCUCCAAAGAGAACCACGCUGACCUGGGAAUAUUUGUCAAAUCCAUCAUCCACGGAGGAGCGGCCUGCGAGGAUGGACGGCUGCGGAUCAACGACCAGCUGAUCGCUGUCAAUGGAGAGUCGCUGUUGGGCAAAACCAACCAGGACGCCAUGGAGACGCUGCGCAAGUCCAUGUCAACAGAGGGCAACAAACGAGGGAUGAUCCAGCUGAUCGUGGCCAGACGAGUGGCCAAAAGAACCGAGGAGACAGCGGGGAGUCCCGCAGUGACCACGCAGACCAUGGACACCACUCUGGACGACCACGAGCGACGGAUCUCACACUCGCUGUACGGUGGCCUGGAGGGUCUGGACGACAACCUGAUGCCCCGGCAGGGGGUGAUGCCCCGGACCAUAGGUAACUACCAACUGUCUCCCACCGUCAACAUGCCUCAGAACGACACGGUGAUCAUUGAAGACGACCGCCCCCCCCUGCUGCCCCCACACCUCUCCGACCAGUCCUCCUCCAGCUCCCACGAUGACGUGGGCUUCCCCCCUGACCCCACACCUUCCUGGGCUCAAGAGCCGCCAGAUCAGCCCGACAGCCCUCGGGCUCCGGAUGAAAAUCACCCCGACUUGGCUUUUCAGAGGGAGGGCUUCGGGCGACAGAGCAUGUCAGAGAAACGCACCAAACAGUUUGGAGACGCGGGGCAGCUGGAGAUCAUCAAGACGCGGAAGUCCAAGAGCAUGGAUCUAGUAGCCGACGAGAUUAACCUCACCCCCCGUCCUGACGUCACCACAGGUUCCUCCACCAGAGACGUUGGACCAUCACUGGGUCUGAAGAAGUCCAGCUCCCUCGAGAGUCUGCAGACGGCUGUCGCUGAGGUCACCCUCAACGGUGAUGUGCCCUUCCAUAGGCCCCGCCCCCGUAUCAUCAGGGGGCGGGGCUGCAACGAGAGCUUCAGGGCAGCCAUCGACAAGUCGUACGACCGUCCUGCGCCACCAGAGGAGGACGAUGAGGGCAUGGAGACACUGGAGGAGGACACAGAGGAAAGCUCCCGAUCAGGCAGAGACUCUGUGUCCACCGUGGCCGACCACACUCCCCUGACCGGCCCAGAAAAACCCCUGGUCAACGGAACAGGUCAAGCCAAAGAGGAGACUGGGAAGGAGAAGGACAAGGACAAGGACAAGGCGGUGAAGGAGAGGAGAAAGGACAAGGAAGGAGGGAAGGAGAAAGACAAGGGCAAGGCCAAGAAGGGGAUGCUGAAGGGACUGGGCGACAUGUUCAGAUUUGGGAAACACCGGAAAGAUGAACGCCUGGGGGAAAAGAUGGAUCGAAAAGGAUCCAGCAAAUGGAGGUCGGAGGAGACGCAGGUUUCCGAGGAGGAGACAAUGAAGAUGAGGAUGGAGCAAGAGAGAAUCCAGGCCAAAACCAGGGAACUGAGGGAACGUCAGGCUCGGGAACGUGACUACGCUGAGAUUCUGGACGUCAGCCGAUCGCCAGAGAGGUUGUCCGAGGAGGAGUAUGCUUACAGUGGAAUCAGUGAUGGUCACAGUCGCCCCCACAGUCCUGGAGAGGGUUACCACCACACACACCCCCACCACCAGCACCAACACUCGGACUCUCUCUACACCCGCCAUGACCGUCCUCCGUCUGCAGACAGCAGCCGACUGGCCCCCAGCAACCACGACCGGAUACAGAGGUUGAGGCAGGAGUUCCAGCAGGCCCAGACCGUCCCAGAGGAUCCUGACGACCGCAGGAGGACCUACAGCUUUGAGCAGCCCUGGUCCAGCAGCAGCAGCAGCCACGGCCCCGGGGGCCACAGUCAGCCGGGGCGACACUCGGUCUCUGUGGAGGUCCAGAUGCAGCGACAGAGGCAGGAGGAGAGAGACUCCUUCACCCAGGCACAGAGGCAGUACAGCUCACUACCAAGGCAGCCCAGGAAAAAUCCCAGCACCGUUUCCCAGGAUUCCUGGGACAAAGCCUACCCACCGGGAGAGGGCUUCCAGACGGCCAAGGACAACCCCAGGUACUCCAGCUACCAGGGCUCCAGGAACGGCUACCCCGCUGCUGUGGGCGUCAACGCCAGGGUCCUCCUGGAGGCCCAGGAGCUCCUGAGGCAGGAGCAGCGGCGCCGAGAGCAGGAGGCCAAAGGGAAACUGAUGCAGGAGACCGGCGGCAGCUACGACGGUUACUCCCCCCCGCCUCACCCGAGGGACCCGGCGUCUCCCAAAGGUCCGUAUCGCCACGAUGUCCCGCCUUCACCUUCGCAGUUAGCGCGGCUAAAUCGAUUAGGCUCUGAGAAAGGACGACUUUUCUAUUCCUGAGGAGAACGAUGUUUUUGGACUCAGAAGGACUUCUGACCCAGGAGAAGGUGUGAAGGUCCUGCCGGAGGACGCCGGAGGACACCCUCGGUCCGAGAGCUGGACCACGGUCAGGUGUGUGCACCGUGUUGGUGUUUGUGUCUUUACGUCCUGCACCAACACGCAACCAGAGCAGCUGACUGGAGGCGGAGCCUGUGCUGAGACCCACAAGCACCUGGUCCUGGUCCAGUGGCAGAAAGUGAGCCCUGAAGCCUACAGGGGGCAGCAGCGUACACCGGGGCUAUUUUUCUCAGACUAGUGGAAGGAAUUACAAAUUAGGAAAAAAAUGUUUUUAUUUAUUUUUCUACAGAGAAGCUGUUGAUGAAGAAAGAUUUUAGAAUUUAUUUUUUAUGAAGACUGACUAACACCAGACUCAGGAGCAGGGAUUUGAACCAGCCACCCUCCCAUAACCAGCCCUCGUUGUCCACAGAGGACAAAUGUGGAAAAGUUCUGAAUCCAGUCCUGUGUAAAUCCACGGUGUGACCUGAAGAGGGCUCUGGUCUGCAGGUUGUGACCUGCACCAGGUCUUGAUGAUUGUUCAGUCCUACUCUAGUGGUUCUGUUUGGUACUGCAUCAUCUGGGUCCAGGUCCUUAGUUCUGUCGCCUCAAAAACCAGAGGUGGCGUGGUUCAAAGUUUGGUCCAACAUCGUCUUGGUGUCCUCCUUAAACCCCGGCUGUUCCGGUUGGUUCUGAGUGUUAUCAAUCAAAGGAAACGCUGCAUAAAUGAUUCAUAUCGUCAUGAACGACACCCAGCAGGGGGCGUGGGGGGGCUCUCCUCUGAUCCUGUGCCCGGCCCUGCUGCUCUGCCUCUCAUCACUUCACUUCCUCCUCCACCUGUUCUCCUCACCUCCCACCUUCCUCUCAUCUCACCCCCCCUCCCCCCACCGUCUCCUCUCCAGAGUCGCUCUCUGCACUGAAUUUUUCAUCACAGGCCACCUGCUGCCUGCCACAGCCAAAGACGGCAGCCGCCACCGGAGGCAGACACGAGUGCCGAGUCCUGACACAAAGAGCAGAAAUAACAAUGUGAUUUUGUAUGAACGGCAGCAGAAUGAAGAGAGGACGGGGGAGGGGAGCGGAGCGGGGGGGGGGCACCGUCUCAGUGUGAGAGGAGCUGAAGCGUCGCUCUUUCUCCUGUUUUAACAAAAGGGAAAAUUGUCGUCAGGAUUUAAUUGCCUUCGAUCGCUGUAAUUGCUUUUCUUUCUGUCUUUUUAAAGCAUUUAGUCGACGCCGUGAUUAGAGGAAGGCAGGUUUGGGGGGAGGAGGUGGGGGGAGGGGGACUUCUUAACCAAAUCAAGGCAGCAGUUAAUUCACGAAGCAGUGAGAGCUCCAUCUAUUGAUUCAAUGACAGAGUUUGAACCUGUGAUUGGGUAUAAACGUUUGUCUGCCAUGUAGCUGUGGCUCACCCACUGCCCCACUGCGUCGGGUCAACGAAGGCGUCGGACGUGGAGCGCAGAGAGGCAUAAAAAAAUGUGUAAUGUAAGAAAAUGAAGAACAAAAUAUUUUUUAACGCCAUUUUUAAGUAAAAAUCUGUCUUUUCCCAGGACGACUCCAGGUUUGUAGUGACUUUGUAAUUUUUUAAGCUAAUUUGUAAAGCAAGAUGAAGGGAUGAAAAACAAGAUGCUGGUUGUUAGCCUCUAGCAACCUGCUAACUUAGAUGCCAUUUUGUUGCCAAGUUGUUGGAACAGAGGGGUUAGCAAACGGUUGGCGCGCUAAAGGAUGCUAAAUAUGUACGACUUUAAUAUGUACUGACUGUUGUUAGCAUUUAUCAACUUCACUAAAAGGAAUUGUUCUGUAAAGGCGUUCACAUGAACCUAAAGUAAAAAUUUUGAGGGGCUAAUGCUAGCGCUAACCAAAGUCACACACAGAAGUGCACAAACUGAUUCUCUGCUAGCAGUCAUCAGAUCAACAGUGUGACCUAUUGAUAUGGUGGUGUUAGCAUGGAGUCAACAUGCUAGUAAGAUGCUAAAAUUGCACGCUAAAUGCUGUCGGAAACGUUUUCUUAACGUUCUGAUGCUAAGCAGAUUGUAGCCAGAUGUUAUUAGCCCUUUUAAAAUGAACAACUUGUUUUUAUUUAGUCAAAGUAUUUUUUAUUUUUUUUAAAUGAAGGAAUAAGUCAGGAUUCUGACUAGAACACGGACAGAAGUCGGAGUUUGAACCAGAUUUGGCCUCGUUCAGACGCAGAUCUUUAGAAACGUGGGAUGUUUUUGCGAAGACUCCGUGAAAUGUGUUUGUGUAAAUGAUUUUUAUUCAUUUACUCUCUGCCAGAACCAAAGGAAACCAGACGAUCACCGUCUGACCGACUCCUCAUGUUGUCGACUGUUUUGAUGUCAAACCGGCCCGGGAAGAUAUUUUAGACAAACACGAUCGUCUGGUUCUGUCACUGCAACCGCAACCACAGUCUGUGUGUGUGUGUUUGUUUCUGUUCCUUUUACAUUUUACCAUCAUCGUAGGAGGCGUUUCUGGACUCUGUCCUUCUCCAGGUUUAUUGUUAUUAUUUUUAUUGUGUUUUCUGAGGAGGAGCCAACCCAGCGGUGACGUUUGUUUCCAGGGUUUUUUCGCCUGUUGAACCUGUUGAACCAGCGUUUGGUUAAACAGGAAGUUGAGGAUGUGCAAUUGUUAUGACGACUUUUUGUUCAUAUUAUUAUAAAUGUCAAACAGCCGUUCUCUCUGUACAUAUCACACCUAGAAUAAAGGCUGUUCCCUCCUGUUUACAACCUC